AUGAAAGGCCAUAUCGCCCGCCUCAUUGGAAUGCCGAAUUAUUCUCGUCAUGUGGGUCAAGCUCUAAAAUUAUCAGGACUUGGAGUUGCUCCUCCUUUGCCGUGGCAUCGUGUCAUAUCGUCCUCGGGUGUAAUAUCGUCUCGAGGCCCAAAUACAACCGGAGCAGAACGACAGAGACAAGCAUUAGAAGAAGAAGAAGUGGAAGUCACAGUUGGAAGAACUGGAGAGCUGAGGGUCAAUCUGAAAUCAUAUGGAUGGUUUCCUAAUAGAUUGGAUCCAAUUGCGGACGAGGGUGAAUGA